AGAAGAAGAUAGAGGUGAAAAUUGAGACACGACAGGCGUGUAAAUGGAGGAGAUAUAAAAAACCGAUAAGCUGCCUCUUACAUUCUUGAUUUUCCGGUGAUGAAACAGCUUCAGCUUCAGUAUCAGUAUCAGUACCAUCUGGGCCUUAAACACAAUGUUUUCAUGCCCAUGGCGAUGCCGCUAUCUACACCUCCAUUAAUCCCUCUUCCAACCCUUCCCCUUAAACUCAAAACUUCACCUAUUGUUCCAAUCUCCUCUACUCGUCUUCUCUGUAAAUUCAAUGAUUCCGAUAUGACCUCACAGCUGGAGAUUCUGAAGCCUGAAAGGAAGAAGCCAGACAAGCGUGUCAAUGGGAUUUUCUGGAUUCUACUUCUUAACCUGGGAAUAUAUGUAGCAGAUCAUGUCUUCCAGGUUCGGGCAGUAAGAGCAUUAUACUUAUACCACAAUCGGCCUGCUUGGUACCAGUUUGUGACUGCAACAUUCUGUCAUUUUAACUGGAACCACCUCUCAAGCAACCUUUUCUUUUUGUAUAUUUUUGGAAAACUCGUUGAAGAGGAGGAAGGAAACUUUGGAUUGUGGCUUUCUUAUAUAUUAACUGGGGCUGGAGCUAACCUUGUCUCAUGGUUGAUUCUUCCAAGAAAUGCUGUUUCUGUUGGUGCCUCUGGUGCAGUGUUUGGACUCUUUGCUAUUAGUGUACUUGUGAAGAUGUCUUGGGACUGGAGAAAGAUUCUUGAAGUACUUGUAUUGGGACAGUUUGUUAUAGAAAGGGUGAUGGAAGCAGCCCAAGCUUCAACAGGAUUAGCAGGAGGUAUUCAUGGAGGAUCCGCCUUACAAAGUGUUAAUCACAUUGCACAUCUCUCUGGUGCCCUAAUUGGCGUUGCUUUGAUAUGGAUGCUGAGUGGAAUUUCUAGUGAACCGGAUGCACAGAACAAUAAAAAGUGACUCCUGUUGAGAUCAAGGGAAGUUUUCUUUUACAAAAACAUGUACUAUUAAAUUGCUUAUUGAGUAAAGCAAAUCAGCUCAAUGACGAACGGCCAUUUUCGCAGAUUUUUAUUAGACUAAAUUUUACAAGUACAGUUUUGUUAAUUUUUGUGUGGAUAGGAUGUAUCAAUUUAACAUCAGAUUUUACAUGUUGAAUAGAUUUUGUUUAGCCAUUCAGUAUCAUUUAUAGGGUAAUUGUUUUGUUCAGUUAGCCAA